AUGGAGUUCUUUAAAUGGGUCCGCGACACAAUGGGUAAGCAAGAGGUUAUCCACUUCCCAGAAGCUGGCUUCAAAUAUUUAGAGAAUCAGCCUCCGAAAAACCCACAAUAUUUAACAUUUCACAAGGAAGUCAUCCAAUUCAUUCAGGAUAUCAUUCCAACACCAACUGAUAUUGCUGUAAGAAGAUACAUUGUCGAUAUUAUAUGCACGAGAAUUCGUCAAUUUUUCGAAUCCAAGAAACAUGAAAUAGUCAUCAUUCUUCCUUGUGGUUCAUGCUUGAAUGGUACAUUCCUUCCUAAUGGUGAUAUCGAUCUUGCUCUAUUCCUUCAUCCAAUGACCGAAGAAAUCUUAACCAUCAUGACUCAUAUACGUGAAUGCUUAAAGGACAUUGCAAUCGAAAAUUCAUGGAACCCAAUUCCACAGGCUCGUGUUCCUGUCGUUAAAUUUGUCGUUAAACCAGGUAUUCAUAUUGAUAUCUCAAUUGAUGAAUUGCACGGACCUUUAUCAGUCAACCCAGUUCGUGCCAUCUUCUUAAAGUUCCCAUGCUUGUUACCAGCUCAAAUUCUUAUCAAAAUUAUGCUUUAUCACUACAAACUUGAUUCUCCUUUCUCUGGAGGCAUUUCGUCGUAUGUCCUUCAAAUUAUGCUUCUAGCUUACAUCCAAUAUGGAUCUAGCGAUAACAUUACAGAUCUUAUUGUUGGAUUUUUCAAAUUCUAUGGACAAGAAUUCAACUUCACACUUACAGGAAUCGAUGUAGUUGGAAAUGGUCGUUUCUUCUCUAGACUGAAAGAAAAUUGCUUAAAUCUCGAAUCUCCUUCUACAAUGUACAUCAGAGAUCCAAUGAACCCUAAUAACGUUUUAGGACACAACGCUUUCAAGAUGGCCCAAGUUAAAGAUCUAUUUUCUAAAACUUACCACAUGAUCACUCAUGGCCACGGAACUGAGUUUAUUAACGAGCUUAGAAAGGAACUUCCUGAAUUUAGAGCAUAUCAGAAGGAACUUGAAGCUUUUGCCUUUAAGAAUGGCAUUGUCCCUGUUUAA